AACGCGAGUGAGCCUGAGCCAUGCGUCUUUUCCUUGCAGAUAAUAAUGUAGCUGCUGACAAAACUGAGUUUUGAGCAUUAAUCCAACUUUUCUGGACAUAACUGUUUGCCUUUGCCCUUAAUCACAUAAUUUCAUAAACAAGCUGCUGUUAGUAUCUUCACUUGGCUUCAAACUCAAGUUUAGCAGAAUCCGAGUUGUUUUGAUGCCAACACUCACUCACAAACUUCACCAAGUUGAGAAAGUUCAUGUAAAGAUUAUAUUUUGUUUCUUAAAUUAAGUCUUCAGUUUGAGAGCUUCAGGGGAUUUUAGUUACAAGCAGCGAUCGAGGCAAAAAUCUUCAAGAUGGAGGGAAAAGUUCGGUCUGCUUUCUGUUUGUGGGUGUUGACAUGCUUGAUUCUUGCUGAUUGCUCUAGUGGGCUACUGAGAAUUGGUUUGAAGAAGCGGCGCCUUGAUCUUCAUAGUAUAAAUGCUGCUAGAGUGGCAAGAAAGGAGGGAGUUAUGCCUAAUCAUUUGUGUAGUUCAGAUGAAGUUCUUGUGCCUUUGAAGAACUAUUUGGAUGCUCAAUACUUUGGAGAGAUCGGUAUUGGCUCGCCGCCGCAAAAUUUCACUGUGAUAUUUGAUACUGGCAGCUCCAAUCUCUGGGUUCCAUCCUCAAAAUGCUAUUUUUCUAUCGCCUGCUAUUUCCAUUCACGGUACAAAUCAAGCAAGUCUAGUACAUAUACAGAGAAUGGAAAACCUUGUGAAAUAAAUUAUGGAUCUGGAUCCGUUUCUGGUUUCUUCAGUCAAGACAAUGUUGAAGUCGGAGAUCUUGUUGUCAAGGAUCAAGUUUUCAUUGAGGCUACGCGAGAAGGAAGUUUAAGUUUUGUAUUGGCAAAAUUCGAUGGAAUACUUGGACUUGGAUUUCAGGAGAUUUCGGUUGGGGGUGCUGUGCCAGUAUGGUAUAAUAUGGUCCAGCAGGAUCUUGUAAGUGAGGACGUCUUCUCGUUCUGGCUCAACAGGGAUCCUGAGGCCUCUGAGGGCGGUGAGAUUGUUUUUGGUGGUGUUGAUUCAAAGCACUUUAAAGGGAAGCACACUUAUGUUCCUGUUACUCAGAAAGGUUACUGGCAGUUCAAUAUGGGAGAUUUUCUUAUUGGGGGCUGUUCAACAGGUAUUUGUGAGGGGGGUUGUGCUGCUAUUGUGGAUUCAGGAACAUCCUUACUCGCUGGUCCAACGUCUGUUGUGACUGAAAUCAAUCAUGCCAUUGGAGCUGAAGGUAUUAUCAGUGCAGAAUGUAAGGAAGUUGUUUCUCAGUAUGGAGACUUGAUAUGGGAACUCUUAGUGUCAGGGGUUCAACCUGACAAAGUAUGUGCGCAACUUGGUUUAUGUAUCUUCAAUGGAAAUCACUCUGUGAGUACGGGCAUCAAACAAGUGGUUGCGAAGGAAAAUAUGGAUAGAGUAUCAGCUGGGGAUAGUGCUCUCUGCAGUGCUUGCGAAAUGAUGGUUAUUUGGGUCCAGAAUCAACUAAAACACCAGGGAACAAAGGACAAAGUACUCGACUAUGUAAAUCAGCUCUGUGAGAGCCUACCAAGUCCAAUGGGAGAAUCAGUUAUUGACUGUAACAGCAUGGUAAACAUGCCAAAUAUCACAUUCACCAUUGGCGAUAAACCUUUCAAACUCACUCCUGAACAGUACAUUCUUAAAACUGGAGACGGUGUUGCUACAGUCUGCAUCAGUGGUUUCAUGGCUUUGGAUGUGCCACCUCCAAGGGGUCCUCUGUGGAUUCUGGGAGAUGUAUUCAUGGGGGUAUAUCACACCGUCUUCGACUACGGUAAUCUGGAAAUUGGUUUUGCUGAGGCUGCUUAGUUGGCUACUGUCAGGUUUCUUAAACAUAGUGAUGAUCACACUAGCUCUCAUGGCAAGAACAUAAAGUACUCCAGACUUUGAUAUAUGACUCUUAAUGAUCACUAUUGUUGAUAUAAUCAAGUUCAUCUGUAAUUAUAUUAUGUGCGAAUCCACUUCUGAACUUUGUGAUAUAUAUAUUCUUAUUAGUUAUCUGAAA